AUGGGAGCAGAGCAAAGUUACCUAAAAGCUUACGAGAACACUGUGGUUACUUUGGAGCUAAUCAAAGCAUCUGUGGAGCGAAUCGAGAUAGAGCUUUCUAGACAAGGAUCGGAAAGGGAACCUGCGAGAAAAGAUUCUCGAUAUCUACUUGGUCUCCGGGACGAACCAUCGGUGUAUCCUAGCCACUCAAAUUCUAUAAGUCAUUGGAUCGGACAGAUGAAGAGAUAUCUUCGUUUUAAUGGGAUCAAUGACGAGGAUGCCAUCUAUGUUUUGCCCCUUUACCUUGAUGACGAGCCUUUAGAAUGGUUUAACGAAUAUAUACUCCAAGCAAAAAUUGGCUCUGCAGAGAAUUUAUAUGAUCUUUUAUAUAUGAGAUACAGAAAUAAAUAA